AUUAUGGGUAGCUUCACACAGGCCAGGGGCACCAGGGAACCAAUGGGCGCUGAUUUACAUUUUAUACAGUGAGUAAGUAGUAAGCUAGCUGUAUUUUCUUCACAAAUCCCGGGAGUGGAACCUUUUGCACCAAGAAACACAGAGUUAAAGGUCCGGACAAAAGCUGCAGGAAUGUCCGAAGUCAGUGUUGAGGCUGAGUCCAGGAAGGCUCCAGCCCAGGACAUGCAAAUGGGUUCAUCUUUGGAGGCUGAGAAUACUGAGGACUUUCGAAGAGAGAGCAAGGAGGAUGCUAACAGCUUUGAUUGUACUGACUAUGUACUGAACAAUGAUGAAGUGCCUCAUGAUGACAGAGCAGAAAACGACAGUGAUGUUCAAAAUGACAACAAUAAUGCUGAAGACAGCGAUGGUGCUCAAAAUGAUAAUAUUCAGAGCAACAAAAUUACACAAACCAGUGUGAAUGCUGAGCAUGAUGAUGAUGUUCCAAACACUAGUGGCAAUGCACAUUCUGACAAUGCCGGUGCUAAAAGGGGAAAUUGCCAUACAGUGACUACUGAUAAUGAUACACCAAAGGAACAAAAGAAAAAUGAAGAUACUCAUACAAAGGACAGCACUAUGGAUGAGGAGGUCCACAGGAGCCCUGCGGCAGAGAUAUCGGUCACCAGCAAUGGAGACUUGGAAGAGAGCCACGAGGAUGUGUUCAGGGACCCUUCUUACGGUGACCUGAACCUGUCAGAAAGCCAUAUCAGCUCCGGCAACUUUGCCUCGAUAACUGAGGGCAUCAUUGAAUCAGGACCAUACAAAGUGUCGGCAAGCCAGCCCACGUCUCCCGUGGCACCUGUAGCUCCCAGCUCGGCCUUGGCUAGCCGCCUGGCGCGGCCCAUCAGCGAUAGUCAGACUGAGAUACAGAAAGGCACUAUGCAAGGGCAGCCACAUAGCGGGCCUGUGGUCCUGGCAGAUGACUUGAAGAACCCGGCCAUGGAGAAACUGGAACUAGUGAGGAAGUGGAGCAUCAACACGUACAAAUGCACCAGGCAGAUCUUGUCGGAGAAGCUGGGCCGCGGCUCACGGACGGUGGACCCGGAGCUGGAGGGGCAGAUCGAAGUGCUGCGCGACAACAAGCGCAAGUACGAGCACGUGGUCAAGCUGACCCAGACUCUGGCCAACCAGCUCACCCAGAUGAUGCAGACUCAGCGGCAGCUGGGCGACGCCUUCGCUGACCUCGGCCUCAAGUCGCCGGAGCUCCAUGAGGAGUUUGGCUACAAUGCUGACACUCAAAAACUUUUGUCCAAAAAUGGGGAGACCCUAUUGGGAGCAAUCAACUUCUUCAUUGCCAGUGUGAACACACUGGUGGACAAAACAAUUGAGGACACUAUGAUUAACAUCAAACAGUAUGAAAUUGCCAGAGUUGAGUUCGACGCGUACCGCACAGACCUGGAGGAAUUGAACCUGGGCCCGCGGGAUGCCACCACGCUGCCCAAGAUAGAACACUCCCAGCAACAGUUCCAGAUCCACCGCGAGAAGUAUGAGAAGAUGCGCAACGACGUCUCCGUCAAGCUCAAAUUCCUGGAAGAGAACAAGGUGAAAGUGUUGCACAACCAGCUGAUCCUCUUCCACAAUGCCAUCGCGGCAUACUUUGCAGGAAACCAGCAGCAGCUGGAUGAGACGCUCGAGCAGUUCCACAUCAAGUUGAAAAUGCCCGGCGGGGAUACGCCAUCUUGGCUGGAGGAGCACUAAUCAACCGACCCAUCCCUCCCAAAAAAUCCACUGUGGUUUGGUCUGGAGAGGCUCUGGAAUUACUGUGAAGCAACAGGAAACGCUCUCUGCUCCUUGUCUGCCUCUGUUCCUCCCACUUUUCUUCAUGAUUGUAAAAGGUUUUUAGGCAAAGCAACACUAAGACAAAGAAUUAAUUUAAAAAACAUUUGUCAAUCUCUUGUUUGAUAAACUGUAAGUUCUGUUUUCUACUAUUUUCUCUUGUUCUUCCUGUACUGGGAAAUCCAUUGACCGUUGUUCUAAUCGUGAAGUGGCGCUCUUUCGCUCGUUCUCUUUUUAACUUGGAACUGUUGCAGUUCUUUUCGAAUCAUGGAAAAUUCACUUUUUGGGGUUGAUUUGACAAAUCUAGUGAGAAGCACGGAAAUGUUAAAUACAUUUUGAAAAGUGUAUGGCCUUUUUACUCCAGCUUAUUAAUGUUGUAGCUCGAUACCGCAGAGACAUUUUGGGGACAAAAUGUCCGUCCUCUAUUUGGCUCUGCAUCCAGUUGGAUAAUUUAUCUCCACUUGUUGUAAAAGUCUGGCCACCCAUUGAUCAAGUAACACUAAUGAUAGGCAUCAUUAAAUUUACAUGAUGUAUCAUAAGCUUGUGUGACACCUGUUAUACCCAGUGUAUGACUGUAUGAAAUGGAUUACCGCCUUGGAAGUCGAUAGCGUAGAUUAGAUGGUUGGUUUUCACUGUUUGUCAUUGUACUGUAAUGAAUAGCGCCGCUGGGCAUUUUAUAAGAAGUGUCAAUGUCAUGUUUAUGGUGCUAUUAUGUUGCAGUAAUGAUGUUCAAGUAGUGUUAACCAUUUGUGUUUGUAUUUGACUUUAAUCAUGGGUAUAAUGAUGGACAAUAUUAAUUAUUGAAUUGAACAUUUUGUAAUUCCAGAGAAAUUGAAGGACCAGCCUUACCACUUGAACUUGAUGUGCCUUGUUUUAUGUACAACUCUCUCGCUCUGUCUGGUGUUUCAGCUAAACUUUGCCCUCACACUGCCAGCUUCAGGACCACAUAGCAGUAGAUGGAUAAAGAAUGGACCAAACAUUACAUACACUCCAAACCAACGUAAACCACUCAAUUGUCCCAUUUCACUAUUACCUCGCCGUGUGAGUCGAAUCCUUUUUGCCGCAUUUGAGAAGGGGGGUAAAUACGAGUAAACAGCUAGCGAUUUAGCUGCUAAUUAAAGAGUGAGACUUAUCUGCUUUAAAACUAACCUGUAUGCUAAACGAGAAUGUAAAUGUUUGCAUUUUAGAAUCAGAGCAACAAAAGUUCAGUCUUGGCAUUGUACAACGACAAUCUCUAUGCUAGUUAAUGGCGCAAACAGCACAAUGUGACAGUGAAAUAGGGUGAUUCCCUAUUAAAACGUUAUCCUCUCAAGUAUAUAAUAUCGCACAUUUAUGUACUAUGAGACAAAAUGACAAAAAAAUGACAAAAAAAAACACUUGUGUAAGAACUGUAUAUGGGAUGAAACCUAAAUGAAAGUGGACUUGAAAAACUUCUUGUACAUAGGAAAGACCAGCAUCCUUUUCUUGAGCUUCUAACCUUUUGAAUAAUUAUUUUCUGAAUACUAUAGUUAUUUCCUUCGAAAGGACCACAGGUAUUCUAGCCAGCUGUCUCGUCCCUGCGGGCAAAAUAUGGCAUGGGAUUUCAUAAUGAUAUAUUCUGGUUGUUGAAAUGUUAGAUAGCCAGGUGAAGACCUUUUUUUCAUAACGCCAUAUUUUGGUUAUCUGGUCAAAUUAUAUCUGAACACCUUCCCUUUAGAACCUGACCAUAAUGUUCACAAAAGACAUCAUAAUGACGGUAUUGCAACCACUUUUGCCCACUGGGGUUCCUGUCUUCUACCUACAGUACCGUUCCUGCUGUACAACAGCGUGUGUGUAUUGUACAUCAAUCUGUUGUUCAAUGACAUGAUGUAAGCAUAGAUAUAUAUUUGUAAUUUCCUCUUUUAUCCUAGAUAUAUUAUAGGGUAUAUGAAUGAAGCCAUGGGGCAUUUUUCUCAUGCUGAUUAACAGAUGUUGAGUUCAAAAACAGGUUUCUGAAUGUUGUGCAAUGUCUUUUGGGGGAAAAUAAUAAAAUGUUUUCUUCAUAAAUGGC